GAUCUUUCUCAGGUACUUAUUCCACUGCAUCGGCAACUCGUACCCACCCUCCUGCGCCCUCGAGCCCCACCAGAGGAGGUUCGUGAUCAUCAGCCCUUUGGUUCACCUGAUCGGUUCGUUUGUCUGGCCCGUCUGGAGGACACUGUAGACAUCUUGGGCUCUCAGACUCGGCCUAAGAAAAUGUACUGGGUCGGUAGUGAUGGUCGCCGCUACGUCAUAGUGGCCAAGCCUAACGAUGACCUACGCAAAGACAGUCGCCUGAUGGAGCUCAAUGGCAUGAUUAACAAGUUCCUAAUGAAGAAUCCGGAAACUCGGCGCAGGGCUCUGCAAAUUCGAACCUAUGCUGUGAUUCCGCUGAGCGAGAAGGGUGGUCUGAUCGAAUGGGUCUGUAACACCCAACCCUUCCGAUCCAUUCUGUCCAAACUCUACAUUGAAGUUAAUCAUCCGAUAAACUGGACAAAUAUGAGCCGGCUUGCUCCCCUUUUGGAGGAUCCUCUGGAAGUCAAGCGGGACAAGUACUUAAACAAGUGGCUGCCGAUGUACCCUCUCGUCUUUUACCGUUGGUUCCUCCACACCUUUCCCAACCCGAGUGCCUGGUAUUAA